AUGGUCCCAUUGUCCCCCAUUUCUUCGGCUUCGGCUUUGACCGACGAGCCCUCAACCGCUCCCACAACUCCAACUGACAUCCACCCUAGACAUUCCAACGGCCACAUCAAGCAUUCACCUGACGACAACGAAGCAGAAAGCGAGCUUAGUGAGCCAGACAGCAACGUUCGUUCGCCAUCAGGGGUGCGUUCCAACGAAUCGAAAGCCUCCAUUGUCGUCAAGGACACAACUAACGGUGAUCAAAAGAUCUCACAUGCGCGUACCAUCUCUGACAACGAGGACGAGACCAUGACAGACAUUCAGCAUGGGCCUGUGGUGUCUCACUAUCCUAAGCGCAAGCGAAACUCAGUCUUUACUGAUCUUAGUGAGAGCAAGAUGGAGCUUCCCAAUGGCGCAGACGGAUCCAGGACUCCUGUGCCUGGCCAAAAUUUCAAGUCCAAGUCAUCACGGCAGAGUCUGGGAACCGUCAGAGGUGUUUUGCUAGGCCACUGGCGAGACUCUCCAAUUCCGAAUCCCGAAGGCCGUCACGCUGUCAUUGGAUUCAUAGACGUGCGCGACCGAUUGCGUACUCGAAUUCAGCCUUAUACCGUCAUCAACGAGCCCGUCAGCAACGAUUAUCCCAUGCCCCCUGGACCCGGUGGUAGCUGGGUUACCUUUGAAAGAGUUGUCUUUUCCAAACAUCUUGUCGGCCUGGAUCACUUCCAAGUUAAGGAGUAUGUGAGACUGCGCACGGAUUCUCAAGAUGAAUCUGAAGAGGAACGCGAGGCUGCUGAACAGGCGGCUGUCAUUGAGGCGAUUCGCCGAGUCAAGGAGAACCCUGCAUAUGACAAUCCGGCCACUCAACCUGCCAUAGCCCAUGGCCUUGAGCUGCCCGACUCAGCAUCAAGUCCCGGACGGCCAGAGUCCAAGAGGAGACGCGUGAGUGGUGGAUUUGCAUCCAUCAACCCCGGCGGCAGCAACAGCCCGCCGGAGCGUUCGCCCUUGUUGCCAUCGCAGCCAGCGCUGCAACCCCGGCCACCCCAUGUCCCGAAACUGCAUGGCCCGCUUCCAGGCACUAGACCCACGCGCAUCCUUUUGGGAUUCUGGAAGGGCUCGAGCGAAGAGGACCCAAGAGACCGCCACGCUGUCUACGGCAUCUUGGGACAGAAUGACAUGUUUAGAGUAAAAGUGGUCCGUGAAACUCGUGACGGCCGAUUUGUUGACGGCAACUUUCCCACUGGCGCAGGUGCACUGUGGAUCCAGUAUGAAGAGGUCGAAUUUGAGCCGCACUUGAAGCCUCUUCAACGAUCUGAAAUUAAAGAAUACUGCCGAGUUCGCCAGUACCAGCUCGAUCAGGGCGAAGUACCAGACGAACGAGUCAACAACGAAAUUAGAGCCGUUCAUGAAGCCCAGGCCCGCGCCGGCUCGGGUUAUAGACACAUUCACCAGGCCAUUGCCCCAUACCACCCUAUAGUUGCUGACGACUCCGACCUAACGAAUGGCCGGUCAGACGUUGGUGGAGCUCAGCCUGAACUUCGGCAGUCGCGCCGCGGAGAAUCCCGGGCUACUCCUCGACAGUCCUUCAACGAGAACGACAUGCGCCAGACAUCGAGACCGUACGCCGAGCAGGAGCCUUCGCGCCCAGACUCUCGCGCAAUGAAUCGUGUCCACAGCUCCGAUGGAAUGGAGCGUACUAAUGCGCUCGCCCGCAGAGAGAUUGCACGUGUCGAGGCCGCUCAGGGCCGAGCUGACCGACAUGCGCUGCACCGAGAACGGGCUGCCGCUCUUGUUGCCGACGCUGCUGCUGCCGCCGCCGCCGCAGUCGUCGCCUCUGCACCAUCUGAUGCGACCAACGGCAGAGCGCCAUUCCACGAGUCUGAGGAUAUGCAGCGCUUGAACAAAGUCUGGGCUCGUCAAGAGAGCCUUCGUCUAAAGGCCGGUGCCGAGGAUGCCAAGAUGUAUGACGGUGUCAAAUAUGAGCGCAAGACGAAUGGUCCCUUUAUAGGCAAGCUUGUCUCGCAAGGAACCAUCAUUAACAUUGAUGGGGAAGACUACGUAGAAUAUCGCGUUCUUACGAAGCCCUCAUUUUUCUAA